AUGGAAUUUUUGAAUAACUGCAAUGAUUUGUUCACGAAAGAAGAAUGGGAAUGGACUAACACAGAAAAUUUAGAAGAUUCUGAAGAUUUGUUCACGAAAGAAGAAUGGGAAUGGACUAACACAGAAAAUUUAGAAGAUUCUGAAGUUCCAGAUGAUGCGACAGACUUGAAUAGUUACACAACAGAAGAUGUCAGAAAUACACUUGAGCCAUUUCUCAAAGGAAAUGAAAAUUGUGAUCCUAUUCUUCACUAUGAUUAUGAAUGGAUCUUUGCUUUAGAGAUUUCAAAUUGGGCACAGAUGUAA